UAAGCUCCUCCUCACUGUCUUUAUAAGCCUCAGUGUUUCUUCUCCUCACACUCCCGCCCUGCUCACCUCUCAGCUGGACUGUAAGGAACGUUUACAGCUCACACUGACAACAUGCUGGGGAUCCUCUGCACUCUGCUCACUGCUCUCACAUAUGUUGAUGCAGCGAUAGUGCUGACUCAGACGCCUGCUGUCCACUCAGUUCCUACAGGACAAGAGGUUGUCCUCAACUGCAACAUUCAGAGAUAUGAUGGAAAUUAUGUCCACUGGUACAAACAGGUUCCUGGUGAAGCUCCUCAGUAUGUUCUCAGUUUUGACCAUGGGAACAGUGCUCCAGUCUUUGGAUCAGGAUUCUCUUCAGACCGGUUCAACUCUAAAUCUUCUUCAGACACAGAAUACCAGUUCAUCAUAAAGCGUUUAGAGACAGGAGACUAUGCUCAGUAUUACUGUCAGACAUGGGAUGACUCUGCUCGUGAAGCUCCAUGUGUACCAACUGAAUCACUGUGGGUAUUCGGACAAGGAACCAAGCUGAUUGUGACAAGCUCCAGCCUCCGUCCUCCCGUCCUCACUGUCUUUCCUCCGUCCAGUGCUGAGCUGCAGUCCAACAAAGCCUCUUUGGUCUGUCUGUCCAGUCAGUCUGGGCCUUUUGCAGAUGUGACCUGGAUGUCUGGAGGGAGUCCAGUGGUCACUGGGAUCUCUACCAGCACCGCUGUUAAGCAACCUGAUCAGACGUUCCACAUCAGCAGCUAUCUGGCCAUUCAGGCGUCAGACUGGAACAUGGAUAAGGUUUACACAUGUAAAGUGUCUUUGGGCUCCCAGACUGCAGAGAAAAACAUCAAAAAGUCUGAGUGC